AUGUUCACCAAGACCUUCAUCACCGCGAGCCUCGUCGCUACCGCUUCGGCCAGCAUCCCCGCCGUAGCCCGACGCGCCUUCCUCGCAACCCGCCAAACCGAUAUCUCAGACCCAGUCUGCAUAGACGUCAUCGCCUCGGUCUUGCCGCUCUACAACUCGCUUCCCACGCCCCCACCGUCCCUCGUCAGCGCAACAUUCCCCAGCGACCCCUGUGAGACGCCCAGCUUCACCGGCGAGCUCGCGUCCGACUACACCUCGUACUCAUCCGAGGCUCUGGAGUGGUACAGCUCCAAUAGCGCCGAGAUCAUCAGUGCCCUCAGCGCCUGCCCCGCGAUCACCAAGGACCAGACCAUCAUCCCUAUCUGCUCUACCCUCACUGCUGGCGACAAUGAUGACUCGUCCAACACGGAGUCUGGUAGUGCAACUGCGACUGAUGCGGAUAGUGAGGGUGCCUCUUCUACCGGUAGCUCGGCGGCAAGUUCGGGUGCCGUCACCAGGAAUGUGGCGCCUCGCGAGACGGGUUUCGUUGCAGCUGGCAUUGCUGCGGCUGGAUUCAUCGGAGCUAUUGCUGCCCUGUAA